AGCAGUGUGCAAAGAUGAAAUCAGCUUAUCAAACUGACUUAUCAAACAAUAAAUGAUUGUCACUUGAAACCUGCUGAAAGCCGAGAACAAACAUGGUUAACUUAUACAAACUGGACGCGAGCCCCCCGACGCGUGCUUGCUUAAUAGCCUGUGAGCUCUUCAACGUUCCCGUUCAGCUGAUCGACGUUAACGUCUUGGAUGGAGAGCAUUUAACACCUGACUUAUUGAAGAAAAAUCCUUUACACACCGUACCUAUUCUAGAAGAUGGCAGCUUGGUCAUACAAGACAGCCAUGCCAUUUUAAUGUAUCUGGCAGAUGUAUACGGCAAGCAAGAAUCCUUCUACCCAAAGGAUCCCAAACAUAGGGCUCUCGUCAACCAAAAACUCUAUUUCAACGGCACCAUCUUGUUCCCGCGAAUGCGAAACAUUACGAUCCCCCUGGUAGUAGAAGGAAUCAAGGAGAUUCCUAAAAAGAGGCAAUACCUUGACGCCAUCGAGGAGGCGUACGGCUUCAUCGAGGAGUUCCUGUCCCGGUCCAAGUAUCUGGCUGGUGAUAAUAUCACCAUCGCUGACAUAGCAGCCUACCCUACUGUCACUAGCCUUAUUUUACUUCUGGAGCUUAACACUCAAAAAUACCCUAAAACGCAGGCGUGGUUAAAGGAUUUAGAAAAACUACCAUACGUUCAAAAGGGCAACGCAAAAGGUCUCCUGGAUUUCAAAGAUAUAGUUGAAUCGAAACUUGCUUAAACAAUUGAGUCAAUGAAUUUUGGAGAAUAAUAUUUGGAAUAAAUAAUUAUUAUCAAUUCAA